AUGCAAGACCCAACCAUGUCCAAACCAAAUGUUUUUCAUGAUGAAGCGGCAGAGCAGCACAAGGGGGGAAAACACAUCGAUAAUAGUGGCAUCGUACGCGUCUCCUUGACCGAAGAAGACAGCAAGCGUAUCUGCCGCAAGACUGACAGGACAAUUCUUGUUGUGCUCGCCUGGGUCUAUUUCUUGCAGAUCCUCGAUAAGACAGUCCUUGGAUACGGUGCGACCUUCGGUUUACAAAAAGACACAGGACUUACCGGAAACGAAUAUUCGCUGGUCGGCUCCAUCUCACCCAUUGCGCAACUUGCCUGGCAACCAUUUUCCUCAUACCUGAUUGUCAAGGUUCCCCACAAAAUCCUUAUGCCAGUGCUAUGCCUUGGCUGGGGAAUUGCACAGACAUGCAUGGCUGCGUGCCACAACUUCAACUCCUUGAUGGCCGCUCGCUUCUUUCUAGGCCUGUUCGAAGCUGGCUGUCUUCCUCUAUUCGGUGUCAUCACGAGUCAAUGGUACCGCCGUGCAGAGCAACCGAUACGCAUCGCUGCGUGGUACAGCACAAAUGGCCUAGCAACCGUCGUUGCGGCUGCUUUAUCAUAUGGACUGGCACAAAUUGAGUCGGAUAUCUUCAAAUCAUGGCAGAUCAUUUUCCUCGUUGUUGGCCUCAUAACCGUCGCCUCUGCUCCGGUCGUCUACUGGCGCUUGGAUAACGAUAUAUCCACCGCUCGGUUCCUCACUGAGGACGAGAAAGCUCAAGGAAUAGAGCGCCUCCGAGCCAACCAGACUGGAACUGGAAACACAGAGUUCAAGUUCAGUCAUGUCCUGGAGGCCUGCUUAGAGCCUAAAACAUAUCUGUGGAUUGGAAUGGCAAUGCUCCUCAACAUCGGCGCUAGCGUGACCAACAUCUUCGGCCCACUGAUUUUAAGCGGUCUUGGAUACGAUAAAUACAGGACAACUCUCUUGACCAUGCCAUUUGGCGCGUUACAAUUCCUCAUCAUUCUGUUGGCCAGUUAUCUUGCCCAAACUGCUCGUCUGAAGAGUGCUAUCAUCGCGGGUUUCAUGCUGCCCGUGAUAGCUGGUCUAUCAAUUUUGUAUGCAGUACCUCGGACCCAGUCUGUGCAGGGCGAAUUGCUUGCUGGCUACUACCUACUCGCAUUCUUAUUUGGCGGCAAUCCAUUGAUUGUGACCUGGAUCAUCGGCAACACGGCAGGAACCACAAAGAAGUCCGUUAUCAUGAGUUUGUACAACGCAGCAAGCUCAGCAGGAAAUAUCAUUGGUCCGUUGCUCUUCAAUGAGAAGGACAAGCCAGCCUAUCAGCCAGGCCUGCGCGCCUGUCUCGGCAUUUUCAGCGCCUUGGCUGCUGUUGUUGUCAUCCAGUGGGCCAAUCUAUGGUUCCUCAACAAACAACAAGCCCGUCGGCGUGUGCAAAAUGGAAAGAGAGCUGAAAUAGUUGAUCUUUCGAUGCAAAAUGAUUAUCGCGAAAUGGAGGAUACCCUGGAGGAGUCUGGACUUGAAACUGUGCCAGUUGGAGAUAAUGCGUUUCAGGAUCUGACUGAUCGGGAAAAUGAUGAAUUCGUUUAUAUUUACUGA